AUGCCCGACCAGCAAAUAGGCAACGACGCUUCGGUGGCGGCAGAGCGCCGUGCUGUCAUGAACGUCGCGCGAACCGUCAUGAGCAACCUCGAAGACCAGCAUGACUGGACCGAGGUCGAAAUCCACGACGGCCAGGACUUUCCACGCCCGCUCGUUCGAGGACUGCCGCCCAAGAGGCUCUACCUGCACCCGGACGACCAAAUUGAGGCCCUCGCCCAUGAGCACAAAACUGGCGAGAAGCUAUUCCAGGAUCCUGAAUUUGAAUGGGUUCUGCCUGUCCAUUUGACUGAGAAGUGGUCCAUCGCACGAUUCGCUGCCGUCUUCGACUCGAUCCCUCAAGAGCCCAACAGGAGGGCCAAGAGAUUUGUGCUGGCCUCGCUCCACAACGACUCUACCGUCGUCUACUAUCUCAUGCACGAGGGAAUGGUCAAGCCUCGACAGAACUGA